GAGGCGCCAUUGUUCGGUAAUGUUGAUGUCAAAAAGUUACACAAGCCAAUGAUGAGCUUGUAGAACAGGACGGUUUCACAACGCAGCACAGGAGCGCCAUCUCCACCGGUCACACCUGCAGCCUCAGAGUCUGUCAAAAGGAUUACUACAGAAGAAAAACACCUUCAACGGUGCGAGGGAAAUCAGCGGGAAAAGCAUUUCGUCUCACGCGCGUUUUUCCCCAGCCCUUCACGAGCCAGUGUCAGUGACCGCAGACGGUUCCCACCGGUGUGUCAACAAGUAUCCGUCGGCCAGUCGUCUGUCCCGGGUCACUUCACCGAGCCUCAGUCCUCACCCGCCAGCGGGCAAACAAUUUCCGUCAUGGAGUUGACGUCGGUGAUUGCGACGACCGGCAGCUCCUUCGGGUUUUUCAGACUCGUCAACGCGGGGGUCCGUGAACUGCCCACGCCCGAAUCUGCCCACAGGAACGUGUGGAAGUGGAGGAACAUCUCCACGUCCUUCGUGCACAGCUUCAUCACCGCCAUAUGGGCCGUGCUUUGCUUUUUCCUUCACCCAGAGAUGGCCGAAGACUUGAUAGAAACCCACUCUGUGUUUUCCCAUGCGUUGGUGUCGUUUUCCAUCGGUUAUUUCAUCUAUGACUUCUUUGACAUGGUGCUGAACCAGAAGCUGAGUCAGUCCUGGGAGCUUCUCUUCCAUCACGUUGUGGUCAUCACCUGUUUUGGCCUCUCUGUGCUCUCGUGCCGCUACGUGGGCUUUUCCGUCGUCGCCCUGUUGGUGGAGAUAAACUCCGUGUUCCUCCACCUCAGACAGAUGCUGCGCAUGGCCGGCAUCGCUGCAGGUACGCUGUACCGGGUCAACAGCAUGAUCAACCUGGGCACGUACGUGGUGUUCCGCAUCAACACCCUGGCCUGGAUGACCCGCUGGCUGGUGCUCAACAGGGAGAAUGUGCCCCUCCUGGCCUACACGCUGGGCAGCGUGGGCAUGGCCAUCAUGACGGCAAUGAAUAUUGUCCUCUUCUAUCGGCUGCUCAGGAGCGACUUUUUGAAGAGCAGCACCCGGGAAACCAAGAAAGACAAAGAUAAGGAUAUGUAGAGAGAGAGAGAGGGAAGGUAGAGGAAGAGACACAAGAAGGAUAAGAUUCAUAAACACACUCAUUGCUGUACGCUUAAUACCCUGUGGCUGAGAUUUGGUAGCGUUUCGUCUUUCCCUAGUAAACCCAUAGCUGGGAGACGGAGGGAUCUUCCCAUCUCUCAUACUGUACAGGUACGUCCACGCAGGUUGUAAUCAGCGGGCUUCAUUCCAAACACAGAUCUCACACACAGCCUUUUACGCUGAGAGCUACAUUCUGCCUCUCACUUAGUUUUGACAGUUUCUGGCUCCAGUCGUCCUGAAGUGCCGUAGUGGCUCACUGAUGGUGAGUGGAGGAUUGUAAAAUGACACCUAACACCUUACUCAUGUCCCAGAGGGUGAUUCAGCUAGAUCUUUUACUAAAAUGUAGCUUAUGGUUAGUGAAUAUGCACAAACAAACCCUCCAACACCCAUGUAUGCAUCCAUAUUAUAUACAUUUUGCAUAUAAUAUACAUACACAUGCCGUUGUGGGUUACUUAAAAGUCUCACAUGAAGUUUAUUUAAAGCAGAGUAAAAAUAAUUAAUGGAAUCCAAAUCCUCUUGGUGUGUGACAGUAACAUUGCAGUGGUGACCAUUUCUUUUCCUUUUCCUUUCCUUUUUUUUACACCAAAUAUCCUCAGCUAAAAAACACCUGCUACCUCCGAAAGCAUGUAACAGUUGUUUACGUCUACAACCAAGCUCCACUGUCGGUGUUUGACUGGUAGUCUGUUGUCAGAGAUUAGGAAACAUGUCAUAAGAAGAAAACAUUUGUGUCAAUUGCAUCAGGAAAAUUCAGCAAAUAUCAAUCCUCACUCGAGGAGAUGAGGGCACAUGGAUGGUGAAAAAAUACUUUAAAUGGCCUUAAAAGUAAAAUAGAUUCAAACGAGGAUUGUAUUUAAUUCACAUAUCUUGAACAAAUGAAUCAGAAAAACUAAAAAACAAUUCGCUUAGCUUGUGGAUCAAUUGCAGUGACAAAAAGAGAAGAGAGGGUGCCGUCUGACCUCCCAGCAGCCAUCACAUUGGUGGACAAUCUGCAGUUGGAGCUUUCAGACGGCAGCAACUGUUAUAUCUUCAUUUGGCCUAUGGGGGGCAGCAAACUCCUACACAUCACCUCAGUGACCUCAACCAGAGAUGUCUUCAUUUUGUCACAUCUCCUGCCUUUGUUUGGAAGUUGCCAAUAAGCACAGACGGAUGCUGAGAAACUCUCCAGGUCGGUCGGUGUUGGAUCAAGAAGGUCUGAGAUCACAGCAGACUGUUAAACGCCAGGCUGCCUUCUCUUCCCACUCAAACUAUAUUACACCACAGUCCUUCCAUGAUAUUGGGGAUAUUUGAUACCAUUCAUGUUCCGUCUUGUUGCUUUUUUUGUGUAUAUUAAUUGUCUGAAGGGGGGUUAAAUUGUGUAUAUUUGUAAUUUAUUCGUACCUAUAAUAAGUUGGAGAUUUAUAGAUGGAAUGAAAGUGAUGUUCAGUGAAAAACACUCUGUUAUAUAUAUAUAUAUGUUGUUGUUGUUGUUCGGGCCUUUUGCCACUUCAGGCCAAAUUUGAAAUUUUGUUUCUCCAGCUACAGUUUUCUGGACCUAAAGCUUCUAUGGGCCUGAAACUGCUGCUUCUGAAGCUCCAAAACAUCUAGUUCAGAAAGGCAGCAGCCGCAGCAUGUUAACUGAAACUCACAUAAGCUGAUUUCAGACAUGAACUUGGCUCUGGGCUUUUUCCCGGAUUUUGCCGUUUAAAUACGAAGAACGCAGCAGGAGACUGCGCGAGUCAGACUCGUUCACAACAGCAGGAACAUUUCUGGAACAUUCAGGUGAUGGGUGGCGCCUGGGUAUGAAUCUUCCUGCUGUAUUCACUCACGUGGGCUCACUCUGACAUUUUCCGAUAAUUUUACAUGCGGGAAAAGAACAGCUACUCUGGACAAGUUCAGGAAAAUGUCUGGAUUUCAGUGCAUGUCUGAAAGCAGCUUUACUCUGCUGCAGUUCUAAGGAAACAAAAUUUAAAAUGUAGUCAGUUUAUUAAGAACACUAAGCUAAAACUAAUCCAGUCUGACAGAGAAGUCUGGUAAUAAAUCCAUCCGUCAUGACAGUGAUAAUAUUUAAAUAGUUUCAAAGAGUUGCUGAUUCCACCGUAUGUGCAGCUGUUGAAAUAUAUUGGAUUAUAUGGAGAGAUUAUUCACCCCACUCUCAUUUAUACAUAUGGGGUUACAGUCCAUAAAAUUCAACUACGGCCUCCAGAUAUAUCUUGAAUACCGCUGUACAACAAAAACUGAACAUUAUAACCUUCAUGAAGGGAGGAUUAUAACCACAUGAAGUGUUAGACUUCAUUUGUUUUGGAUGUGUAUCUAAUGAAACUGCCACAUUUAUCCACAAAGUCCACAUGUGUUUCCUUUUUCACCAACCUUCUUCACAAAGAAUGUAAAAUGGGGGUAAAAGAAAAAAUGUUUAAAAAAAAUGUUACCCCCCUAAAAAAAGAAUUGUCCACAUUCAAAUCAAGACAUCACUGCACUAAACGAACUGCACUGUGUGGAUGGAAGGCGGUAACGUUUAAAUUACUGUUGAUGGGAAUAAUUACCUGUUGCCUUAAAAAAAAGACUUGUAUUAUUAUCUACCUUUUUAUUGUGAAUCUAGAUCUGCUUUAUUUGACAGUUUUUCAAAUUGUUAGGGCAGCUUUGUGGUUGUAGCGAAGAAAACUGGGGACAAUUUAGGUUCUUUCUAACAAACAAGCUUAUAUUUGUGAAUGUGUUGUGCAAAGCUUUAAUGUUAUGGCUCUGUGGAAUUGUGAGAAAAAACUGAACAGCCAAGUCAAGAUUCUUCUUUCAAUUGUCGUAGUGACACCGAGGGUUCUCUGGCCCAAAAAAUAAAAUAAUUAAGAUUCAA